CUGCCACUGUCCCCGGCGGAGGAGCGUGUCCCUGGCCGGUCGCCUACUUUCCUCAGGUGAUCCUGGCCACAGCCUAUUGCCUGCGGCCGCCGGCGCGCUUGAGUGUCAGUCUCCGAAGCGUCCCAGAGUCCCUCCGGAGCGGCAGCGGGCGGGUCCAUGGAGAAGGGUCCGGUGCGGGCGCCGGCGAAGCCGCGGGGCGCCAGGUGCAGUAAUGGGUUCCCCGAGGGGGAGCCGCCGCGAUCCGGGCAGAGCGGGCCGCCCGAGAAGCCGCCGCGGCCGGAGACCAAGAGCGUCCAGCCGGCGGACGGCUGGAAGGGCGAACGGCCGCGCAGCGAGGAGGAUAAUGAGCUGAACCUCCCCAACCUGGCGGCCGCCUACUCGUCUAUCCUGCGCUCGCUGGGCGAGGACCCCCAGCGGCAGGGACUGCUCAAGACGCCCUGGAGGGCGGCCACAGCCAUGCAGUUCUUCACCAAGGGCUACCAGGAGACCAUCUCAGAUGUCCUAAAUGAUGCAAUAUUUGAUGAAGAUCAUGAUGAGAUGGUGAUUGUGAAGGACAUAGAUAUGUUUUCUAUGUGCGAGCAUCAUCUAGUUCCAUUUGUUGGAAAGGUCCACAUUGGUUAUCUUCCCAACAAGCAAGUCCUUGGCCUCAGCAAACUUGCGAGGAUUGUAGAAAUCUAUAGUAGACGAUUACAAGUUCAAGAGCGGCUGACGAAACAAAUUGCCGUAGCAAUCACAGAAGCCUUGCGGCCUGCUGGAGUCGGGGUGGUGGUGGAAGCCACACACAUGUGUAUGGUAAUGCGAGGGGUACAGAAAAUGAACAGCAAAACUGUGACCAGCACGAUGUUGGGUGUGUUCCGGGAAGACCCAAAGACUCGGGAAGAGUUUCUAACUCUCAUUAAGAGCUGAACUUCAGCGUGUGUCAUGUGCUUUGAGGAUUGUGCCACUAGUAGCAUUGUUUGGUCUUAAUUGUUUGUACAUUGCAUUUUCAAUUGUUUCAGACGUGAACGUUAUUCCUUGUCACUAAUGGUGUUUAAUAAUUAUUUAUAGCAAAUCAAAUAAAAAUAAUUAGCAAAGGGGUGAGACCUCUA